AGUGUAACAUUAAUAAAACUAUAGUGGGAAAACCGAAAUUUACAAAAAAAACUUUGCGGCAAGCACGUUUCGAAGCAGAAAAUUAACAGAACCUUCCCUUCAUCGUCGUGUCGCCCUCUACGCUCCAUUUCCCGCGAAAACCUCUCCUGUCUACCCCUCCCAUCUCUCUAUCCAUAUGUUUUUUCUCUUUGUAUCCUCUCUCUAACAUUCUCACUCUACACUCACAAUGCAAUGAAGAACCUGAUCAAUUCAAUCAGUACCGAUUUACAUCCAUGUCGACAAACGAUCACGAAGAUCCUUCAUCGUCGUCAAAAACGAUGCCGUCUCCUUCUCCGUCAACUCUCAAUCCCUCCUCCUCUCCUUCCUCUUUCAAACUCCGAAAAAUCCCUCCCAUUCCAAUCCGCCGAAUCCAGAAACCCGACGCUCCACUGAACGACACCGAAUCAAUCAACAAUGACGACGGCAGCGAUACAUAUUACGAUAGUAGAAAUGACGGUAAGGAGAUAUUGGAGGAGAGAAAUUAUAAAACGGACAAGAAUUCGCCGAUAAUUAUGGCGUCAGCGCUCGGGUUGAAUCAUAUCAGAACACGAUCCCUCCCGGUUCCUUCUCCGCUUAGGUUUUCGUCGUCUGCUGGUACGCCGUCGUAUUUAGAGAAUGCUCAGGUUAAUAAUAAGGAGGAUAAAACUGACGUCGAAACGAGGCUUGCUGGAGGGGAAAAGGUUUCGUGGAGUCAUUCAAAACCACGGAGAACUCAUUCGCAACUCAAUCCAGCAAUGGAGGGCAAUCAGGCAGCAUUUUUUGCAAAGGAAAUCCAGUCUCCACGUUUUCAAGCUAUAUUGCGUCUUACAAGUGGAAGGAUGAAGAAGCCAGACGUUAAGAGCUUCUCUCAUGAGCUUAAUUCCAAAGGAGUUAGGCCUUUUCCAGUUUGGAAGUCCCGCGCAUUUGGUCAUAUGGAGGAAGUUAUGGUGGUAAUCAGGACGAAAUUCAUCAGGUUAAAGGAGGAAGUUGAUUGUGAUUUAGGUAUAUUUGCUGGGGAUUUGGUGGGUAUACUUGAAAAGACCUCGGAUGCUCACCCUGAAUGGAGAGAGAGUUUGGAGGACUUAUUGGUUGUAGCUCGACAAUGUGCUAAGAUGUCAUCUAAUGAAUUUUGGGUGAAAUGUGAGAGUAUCGUCCUGAAUCUAGAUGAUAAACGUCAAGAGCUUCCAAUGGGGAUUGUCAAACAAGCACACACUCGGCUUUUAUUUAUCCUCACUCGAUGCACUAGGCUUGUGCAGUUUCAAAAGGAGAAUGGUUAUGAUGAAGACAAAAUUCUGGGUAUUCAUCAAUGUAGUGAUCUUGGAGUUUAUCCAGAACAGAUUAUAGAAAUUGCGCAGCAGGACUUUAGUGGUCCAUUGGUGGGGUGGAAGACAGCGAAUGAGAAGCAGAGAAAGAAAUUCCAUAGUCAUGAACAAGACAGUAAGGUUAUUAAGCAAGAUCAUCUAGAUCAAACUUUGGAGGUUGGCACGGCAAAAAGUUUUGAUUCAACUGGAAGUAGUUUUAGGAUGUCAUCUUGGAAAAAACUUCCAUCCGCUGCUGAGAAAAAUCGGAAGGGUUCUGAUCUUGUUCAAACACCUUCAAAGGAUAAAUCAGAACCAAUUCACAAUAAGGAUGAUUAUUCUGAAAAUCUUGAAACUCCAGAGCAUCCUCUAUCCCCAGGAACAAAAGGAGUUUCUUGGGGACUCUGGGGGGAACAACACAAUGUUGCAUAUGAAAAUUCCAUGAUAUGCCGGAUCUGUGAGGUUGAAAUACCGAUUGUACAUGUAGAGGAACACUCUCUGAUUUGUACUAUUGCUGACAGAUGUGACUUGAAAGGCUUUGGUGUAAAUGAAAGACUUGAAAGAGUUGCGGAAACUCUCGAAAAGAUACUGGACUCAUGGUCACCAAAAAGCACACCAAAAAGCACUCCAAAAGGCUGUGAUACUCCAAGAGGAAGUCCUGAGGUUGAAAGAUUGCCUACAUCAGGUAUACAUGAAGUAUCAGAUGGGUUAUCAACAAAACGAAACAGCUUCUCUUCUCACUGCUCUGAAGAGAUGCUUGAUGUCGUCCCUGAUACUUUUGUGAUGGAAGAUCUCAACGCUUUUCCAGGAAUUUCAAGCGAAGCAUGUUCCACUCUAACACCAGAUGUAGACAAAAAAACCUCAUCAGGAGAAAGCUUGACACCACGAACACCAUUAUUAACGCCAAGGACUAGCCAAAUAGGAUUGCUAUUGAGUGGACAGAGGACAAUAGCAGAGCUUGAGAAUUCCCAUCAGGUAAGCAAGCUACUGGAUAUUGCUCGUUCUGUUGCAAGUCUAAGUGGCAACUAUAGUGCAUUACAGAGCAUGCUGGACCUUGUACAAGACGUAAAAUAUGCCAUUCAGGAUAGGAAGGUGGAUGCCCUCAUUGUAGAGACUUUUGGAAGACGCAUAGAGAAAUUAGUUCAGGAGAAAUGUGUACUUCUCUGUAAACAAAUAGAUGAUGAGAAAUCAGAUCCAUCAAAUCAUAUGGCUGAUGAAGAUAGUUCCGAGGAAAAUGAUGCAGUUCGAAGUUUGCGUACAAGUCCUAUUAAUAUGUCUUCUAAAGACCGAACUUCUAUAGAGGAUUUUGAAAUAAUAAAACCAAUCAGUAGAGGGGCAUUUGGAAGGGUUUUCCUUGCCAGAAAAAGAGCUACCGGUGAUUUGUUUGCUAUAAAGGUCUUAAAGAAGGCUGACAUGAUCCGUAAAAACGCAGUUCAAAGUAUUUUGGAAGAGCGUGACAUCCUCAUAACAGUCAGCAAUCCUUUUGUGGUUCGAUUUUUCUACUCCUUCACAUGCAGGGAAAAUCUGUAUCUGGUCAUGGAAUAUCUAAACGGUGGAGAUCUGUACUCUUUAUUGAGAAACUUGGGCUGCUUGGAUGAAGACAUGGCCCGUAUGUAUAUUGCAGAAGUUGUUCUUGCUUUGGAGUAUUUGCAUUCUUCAAAUGUCAUUCAUAGAGACUUGAAGCCUGACAAUUUGUUGAUUAGUCAAGAUGGUCACAUCAAGUUGACAGAUUUUGGGCUAUCAAAAGUUGGUCUUAUCAACAGUACAGAUGAUUUGUCUGUUCCGUUAGUCAGUGGUUCUGGUUUUCUUGAUGAUGAUGAACUGAAAAGUCAAUCUUCAUCCAAGAGUGAAGAGCGUCAAAAGCAUCCAGUUGUUGGAACUCCUGAUUAUUUGGCACCUGAGAUACUUCUUGGAAUGGGGCAUGGUGCAACUGCUGAUUGGUGGUCUGUGGGUGUUAUUCUUUAUGAGAUGCUUGUUGGUAUACCUCCAUUCAAUGCAGAAACUCCACAGCAAAUAUUUGACAACAUAAUGAAUAGAGAUAUUCCUUGGCCCAGGAUUCCUGAAGAGAUGAGCUUCGAUGCCUGUGAUUUGAUUGACAAAUUGUUGGCGGAAAAUCCACUUCAAAGGCUAGGAGCAACAGGAGCUAGAGAGGUUAAGAAACAUUCUUUCUUUAGAGACAUAAAUUGGGACACGCUUGCAAGGCAAAAGGCUAUGUUCAUUCCAUCAGGAGAAGCGCAUGACACAAGUUAUUUUAUGAGCCGGUAUAUAUGGAAUCCAGAAGGUGAAAAUGUGCAUGGAGGCAGUGACUUUGAGGACCUGACAGACACAUGCAGCAGUGGUUCAUUCAGCAAUACACAUGAUGAUAACGGGGAUGAAUGUGAUAGCUUGGCAGAGGUUGGCGCCCCAAUUCUUGAUAUGACGUACUCUUUUAGUAAUUUCUCAUUUAAGAAUUUGCCUCAGCUGGUUUCCAUCAAUUAUGAUCUAGUUGGUAAGAGCACAAAGGAAGCAGCAGAUGCCUCCAAACCAUCAGUUCCAUGACAUUUUAAAUUUGGUUGCUUCGGCGUAUUUCUUUGAUCUGAAAAUUUCAGAAAGAGGCUUUCCUUGGACAGGUGCAGAGCUUGAAUAAGCAGCCUAUUAGGAACGCGACAUGCCCAUUUUACAGAUAUGGAGCUGCCAAACAAAGUGAUACUACAGCACAGAGAGAGUGGGAUUUGAUUGCUGCAGCCAACAGGUCAUGGACAUUUUGUUAUCAUCACUUAUUUUUGUAUAUACAUAGAUCCUACUACGUAGUGAAAGAAAUUUUUUCUUGUACAUUUUUUUCACGAGUUCUCCACAAUCUGAAAAUUUUGAAAAGAUGCGUGGGGAUAUCCUAUCCACAUUCCAAACACACGCAUGCUUUUGAUUUCUUGCAACUAUUAUGAUGUCGUGGUAGACAGCACUAGGCCAGAAGAAAAGGAAGGCUUCUCUUGGAACCUUUUCACUUGCAUCCCUAACUAAAUUAGAAUCGCUUUUCCUUCUUCCUUUUCUUUUUUUGAAUCAAAGGCCAAUACAGAAGCCGCCACAAGAGAUCACUAGGAACUAGUUCCAAUCUUCCCUUACAUGUGACUGACGUGAGGAUUGCCUUUUUAUGAAUCAUAGUCCUAAAAAACACAAAUGUUUCGAGUGGCUCAGCCUUAGCUUUCUAUGCAUAACAUUUUUUACUUGGCACUUGUGCAGUGGAUGGAUGUUAAGUGGGACAAGUACAUGCUAUUUCGGGGUGGAUCUCAACUUUUUGAAAGUAGGUAGGUAAGGUCUCACUGUUAAUUUCUUGUGAAUGAUUCUGCAAUCCAUAAAAACUUUUAGAUUGUGAUAGAAAGAGGGAAAGAAACAUGCCAUUUGCUCUUUCUUUAGUCAAAUUGUAUAAACAACAAUUUCAAGAAAUAUCAAAGUUUAACGAGUAAAAGUAGAUGAAAAGGAGCAAUGCUAAUUUUAUAGAAAGAUUUUAAGAAAUCUCAACCAUUGAUUCAUGGAAUUCAUUAGUAGGAUCCUCUCAUUCAAUAUAUUAGGCUUUUACAAAGGGAUUCUGGAAAAAAAAAUUAUUAUGUAAAAUUAAUAUAUUGUUUUUGGAUGGAUUGAAUUGAUGCCCUUCAAUCAAAA